AUGAAUCAAACAGAUGCAACUUCCGAAGAUGCAUACAAAUGCAAUCAAAGUGCUAUGGUCACAGAUAGCGGAAUCGGAUGUCAGCAAAUGUCGUUUGAACUUCAAGUCCCUUAUGGUCGAAUCAACUCGGCCGGGACUACAACCUCCGGGUCUUUCUCGUCAAGACAAACAGUAUUUACCAAUCCCGAUUCACAACAUCCGGGCGCACCGAUAUCCUCACCUUCCAUGGGGCUACGGGAGACGGGGAGACUAGGGAUAAAAAAUCAUACAGAAUCCGCCGCCGGUGGAAAAUCGUCGGUCUCGGUGGAUGGAAUAAACGAAAAACCCACCUGUUGCUGUACGAUUUGUGGUCUACCAAUAUUGUCCAACCAAUUACGAGGUGCCCAGUCAUAUCAACGCAUAAACGAGAAUUGCGUCUCCAGUGACUCGGGUAUCUCAUCCAGCGUGCACGAGGCGGCCGACUAUCGAGUCGCAGUGAAAGUAGAAUCCAAUCGACAACCGAGACAAGUGCUGCGCAUGGAAGUAGCUGUACUUCGCAGAUUGCAAGGAAAACCGAAUGUGUGCACCCUGUUUGGAUGUGGGCUCCCUCCCCGGUUCAAUUACAUGGUGCUGAGUUUGCAGAUUAUUUCAGUAACUAUGAUUCGCCGAUCUUUCGUGUUGCGUAUCACUGGGAACAGUCUUUCACCAUUCCCUGAUGUGACCCCAUAUACCUCCGCUUUGAUCCCGGACGGUCUGGUUUUCCGCUUUUUCUCUACCAGUGCUACUGGCUCAUCAAACGCCCAGUGCUUCCGACUGGCUUGA